AUGUACUUGCUUCACGGCCUGCACCUGUGUCGCUCGAUCUUUGGAGUUUUUAUUUGUAAUCACGCCGUAGGCCUAAUGUAUCUAGUUUCCCACUAUUCCAUGACAAAAGCUAAAAUGGUCCCCGAUGACUUGCUUUGCACCUCCCUUCCACGGCAGUGGCAUAGGCCUAGAGGGAAAAAUAUAUCAUCGGAGCCGUUGAGGGAUAUAAUUUUCAAAAAACCUAAGUUAGGCACGACUUGUGCAGGUGAGAAUACCUCAGUUUCUGCAUCCCCUGGUAUUACUUGUUCACUGUAUCCUGCAAUCAAGUUAGCCCCAACUAAUGCAGAGAUUGAGAGCUUUAAGGAUGAUUUAAAGAAGAUCAACAAGAACUUUGGCCUCAGUUUGUACAUGAAUGCUGGAAGUGAGAAAGUACCUACCAGAGCUGGUCUUGCACCCUUGGGAGGGUAUCUCAGUUAUCAAAUGGCACCCACUGAAGGAAACUUAAAGUGA